AUGCAGGGCAAGCUCAUGGAAGUUGACCUUGGCGACGAGGUCCGCGCCCGCAACCAGGCCAUGACCGAAAAGGCCGCCCGCCGCCUUCUCGGCGAAGUCGACGGGGUGGAUGCCGACAACCCAGACGGCCGACGGGCGAAGAAGCCCCGCUUGGGGAGGGACGGCAAGCCCUGGCGUCCUCGGAACCGCCGCAACAGCGACGAUAUCAAGCGGGACCAGCUCGUCGAGGAGAUUCUGCGGGAGAAUAGGCUCGAUGUCUACGACGUGCCCAAGACUCAGCAGCCCCAAUAUGAGGGCGACGGCGAUGCGGACGAUCGAAUCGCCGAAGAGUUCCGGCGCGAGUUCAUGGACGCUAUGGUUCAGCGCCAACAGAAGAAGAAAACGGCCGCGGCGCCGGCCCGCGCCGGGGCUCGCAAGGCGGACGAGGAAGUGCUUAAGGGCCCGAAGUUGGGAGGCAGUCGCAACGCCAGAGCCGCCAUGCGCGACUUGCUUCUCAAGAAGGAAAAGGAGAAGGAAUCACGAAGAUGA